CAUAACCUUUAAAUUAAUCGACGUCAAAAUGUUAUAAAUUAAAAUCCAAAUGUCAAAAAAACUCCAAAAAAUGUCAGGUAGUUAUUAUUUCGUUAUUGUUGGACACAACGACAAUCCAAUUUUCGAAGUAGAAUUCACCAACAUAAAAGAACCCAAGAAAGAAGAUUACGGCCAUUUAAACCAAUUUAUAGCCCACUCCGCCCUCGAUCUAAUCGACGAACACAAAUGGAAAACCCACAACAUGUAUUUAAAAUCUGUGGACAAAUUUAAUCAAUGGUUUGUCUCUGCUUUCGUUACAGCCGGGUUGAUAAGAUUCGUUAUGGUUCAUGAUAACCGAAAUGAGGAUGGCAUCAAAAAUUUCUUUAAUGAAAUGUAUGAGGCGUAUAUUAAACACUCCAUGAACCCCUUUUAUGAAGAAAAUACUCCUAUUAAGUCAACAGCUUUUGAAAAGAAAGUUCAAUUGUAUGGAAAAAAAUAUUUAUAUGCUUAAUAUAUUUGAAUUAAUCUUAAA